CCCUAGCUUUCACUUUAUCGGACUUCAGAACCAACUUCUACUAUAGAUAUGAGCUUCACUAAUCACAUCAAUUAAAUCCUAACCACUUCCUUAAUAUUGACAAAGACAAAAGAGAUGAAGAACACAAAUGCUAAGUUAAUCACACUCUUUCUAGGGCUUCUCUUCCUCACGACGAUGGUGAAGUUGAACCUUCGUCAUGCGCUUCAAGAUGUAGGUGGAUCCAAAUAUGAGGAUUAUGGUCUUAUAGCGAGCGGAAGUGAACAUCUCUUGAUGGGACGAAAGAUAAAAGGUUUGAAAUCAAUCGACUCUGAAACAAAGAAAAGAUCAAGAAAAGGCUUAGUCUCGACAGAUUCAGCAAAGGGAAUCGAUAAUCUAAUGAGAAGUGACUAUCCUUCACGUAUGAAAGGGAGGAAAAGGACUCCAAUUCAUAAUUGAUGUGACAUAUCGUAUCGGCCGGGUAGUUUACGAAACUUUUCGUUUUGGUCUUUAAUUUGGAUAACAGUUUAGCAUAUGCAUGUGAGAAGAAGAUGCUAUAGGUCUACAUAAAUGUAUGGAUACAAAAAUUUAGGUUUUGCUUCUAUGUUUUUGUUUUUUUUGUUUGCUGCAACCAAUAUAUAUAUUCUUAUGGAGGCUUAUAUAUUACAAAUGGUGACAUUAGUUUAUGCUUAAUGCGUGCUUCCAUUUCGAUCGAUGA